GGCCCUGGCUCUGAGAUCUCGCCGAAGACAAUUGCAGUAAAUGAGGACAUCGGAGGAGCGCGAAGCCGGGUGGCUGUGGCUGGCUCCGCCGCGUCGCGAGCAAGCCAGCGCGCGGGCGUCCCCGGAGCUGGCCGAGCCGCUGCCUCCCCGAGCGCGUCGCUAAGCGGGGCCGGAGGGACGCGAGCGACGCAAGCUGCGGCGCGGGGGCCGGCCGGGCCAGCAGGGCCGGGCCAGCGGCGGUGGAGGGGGCGGGCAGCAGGCGCGCAGCGGGCCAAGUUCCCGGAGCCGAGCCUUCCUCCGCGCGAGCGCGGCGAGUCCGGCCGCGAAUGCCCUGCCCGGAGUGCUCCGUGCCGCGCCAGGCUUGCCAGGGUCCGCGGCGAGACAUGCCCGAGCCAGGCGCUGCAUCGACCUCGACUUAUCUGUAAGCAGCGGAAGGAACCAUGGUCAGUAAGGACACCGGCAAAUGCAUACUCACAACGUCGGAGAGUGAAGUGGAACCCGCUGCCUGCCUGGCCCUGGAGAUGAAAUAUGCCCUGGACCCCAACCGGCAGAUUAAAAAACGGAACAAAGCCCUGCAGGUGCGAUUUAAGGAUAUCUGCGAGGCACAGAAUGAGCAGAGGGACACACAGCUGUCCUCAGGCCAGCUGGGGGAGAAGCGGGAGGCCAAGCCCGUGUCCUGCAGAGCAGCCUACCGCAAAUACAUGACAGUGCCCGCACGCAGGUCCAUCCCCAACGUCACCAAGAGCACAGGCGUGCAGACCUCGCCUGACCUUAAGAAGUGUUACCAGACGUUCCCUCUGGACCGCAAAAAGGGGAACCUCAAAAGCCUCCCAGCUGCAGAUCCCUUUAAAAGCCAAAACAAUGGGUUUCUAACAGAUGCUAAAGAGAAGAACGAGGCUGGACCCAUGGAGGAGGCCCGGCCAUGUGGCGCAGGGCGGGUGCACAAGACCACAGCCUUGGUUUUCCAUUCUAAUGAACACAUGAACACAGUGGACCAGCCUUUGGGGGUCAACUGCACAGAGCCCUGUAAAAGCCCGGAGCCGCUCAGCUAUGGAGAAGCUGCGCUCCAAAACUCCACUCGGCCCCCAUCCGAAGAGCCCGAUUACCAGCUGCUCGGGAGGGCCAAGCAGGACCGGGGGAGGCCAAACUCCGAGGAGCCCGCUCCACCUGCCCUCACGAGGGUGUUUAAAACGGAGGUUGCCACCAUUUAUGCACCUGCCCUCAGUGCCAGGGCCCCCGAGCCUGGUUUGUCAAACUCUGCGGCCGCCAGCCAGUGGUCACUCUGCCCGGCAGAUGAGGAGCGGAGGAGAGCCACACAUCUCAACGGGCUCCAGGCGCCCUCGGAAACUGCCCUGGCCUGCUCACCCCCGAUGCAGUGCCUGUCCCCCGAAUGUAGUGAGCAGCCCUCGCAGACUCACACCCCGCCGGGGCUGGGGAACCAGCCUAGUCCCACAGCGGUUGCUGCUGGUGAAGAAUGCCAACAAAUCGUGCCUCAUACGGAAGUGGUCGACCUCAAAGCACAACUUCAGAUGAUGGAGAACUUGAUCAGUUCAAGCCAAGAAACCAUCAAAGUGCUCUUGGGGGUCAUUCAGGAGUUGGAAAAAGGAGAGGCCCAUCGGGAAGGGCUUUCAUAUCGGACGGGGCAAGACACAGCUAAUUGUGACACAUGCAGGAACAGUGCAUGUAUUAUCUAUAGUGUGGAGCUGGAUUUUAAGCAGCAAGAAGACAAACUCCAGCCAGUUCUGAGAAAACUCCACCCUAUUGAGGAAACUCAGGUCAUACCUUCGCCUUACUCUCAGGAGACUUACUCCUCAACUCCCAAGCAAAAAUCCAAAACUGAAUCUAAAAAGCACGGAAGAUGGAAACUCUGGUUCCUUUAACACUCACGGUGUCUGGAGUCUCGAGGCCGUCUUUAGAACCCACUGGAGUUUAAGUCAAUACUUUUCCAAAACGAAUAGGAUCGAGGGAACUGUGGUGCCCAUUCAGGCACCUCUCACUUCUCGCCCUGCGUACCAAAAAGGCCUUUGUACCAACAGAUAAUUAACAGAAGCAAGGUAUUCUGUGUCACUCCUUGCCAGCUGUUCUUUGCAGUUCACUGAUGUGGGAUGUAAAAUCCGAAAUGAAACUUAUGUAGUCCAAGAUGAUAAGUAAAAAUUUUCCCCCCACCCCCGAUCUGCAAGUAAUACAUUAUCAACCUGCAAGAUGGCAGGCUGUCACCCUGUACACAGCUAUAACUCAUAAUUAUUUUCAAGCCUUGAUUUUUUUUUUUUAAUAAUGAGAAGAAAAAGCAAGCCUUAUGUUUGCAAAGGACUUCAUUUUUAUGUUUCAUUUUGCAAAUAAGCAGGGGGCGAGUGCAAUUCUCAGCACAUCAAAUUCCGGAGAAAGCACAAUUUUUUCAAGUGGUCGGAGACCAUGAAUAAUCUCUAAAAUGUGACUAUAUAUAUAUUUGCCUUCAUGUGCUAUAGCGCUAAGCCAAGUGACCACAUCUCAGUGUCACAAUGACACCUCAAAUUUAGCAUCCUCUUCAUCUCCAGACUUACAUGUUUACUGCUCAUUUUCCAAAUGGCCAGCAGCCAGGAGUCCCCCAAAGUCAGGAUAUGCCUUUAAUCACUGCAAGUAGACAGGGUCAGAGCUAUUGGACACUAAGUUUUCUUAGAUCUCGUUUUUAAUCUUUUGGUACCCAAAGGCCAAAUAAUACAUUCUGGCAAGAAUCUGAGAACACACAUAGAGAUACACGAUGGAUACUCCACUCACCAAUAAAUCACAGGCAUUCUGUACCAUGGCAGUGUUUUUGUGGAUCGAUCCUCUGAGACACUGUUAGCGAUGGUAAGUGCAGCCAGACAUUAUGUACAAUUCGUUAUGCUUUGUAUUAAUGGUGGAAGACCCGACCAUCUCAAAGAGAAACAGCGCGUUUAGUUUAGCUGCUACCAAGGGGCAAUGUCGCCUACAUUUAACCUAUUAGUAAGUUGUACUAAACAACAUACUUAGGGGAAAGCUGUGAAUCAGAUGUUUUUAGGUAUUUUUUAAAUCAACAGUAACACUUAGAGUUCUCUCUUGAUUACACGUUGCAAUGUAAAUCUUAGUUCCUUUAUUUUUUCACUCAUUUCUUUGCACCUUUGCAAGUAUCUUUUUAUAGAAAUCAAAUCCCCUAGUCUAUUAAUGACUUUGUCUAUCAAUUUUUUGAUUUUCACAAUAGGAAGCAGGGAUCUUACUUUGCCUUUUUUUUUUUGUACAACUUAAAUUUUGAAUAGUUUGUGAGCAUACAGGAAAACCUAGUCUUGAAGUUUCUGUCCAGCAGUUUCACAUCUAGUGGAGUGCUGACAUGCAGACCUCAUUGAUUAGAUGCCAAACACACAGUGGCUAACCUUGGUAAAAGGAUCUCACCUGCUUUUAUCAGAUUGGAGCUGCUUCUUGCCAUGUAUUUUCCUCCUGACUCAACAGCAAAUCUGUUUUAGUUCUAAGUGUUUUGAUUCUACAAGGACCUAGUGAUCGGUAAUCAGAUCGGACCUUGAAAAAAAAAUGAAGAGUAUAUAGUGUAAACAUUCUUCGGGGGCCACUCAAACAAUACUGCAGUUGUAUGCUUUAAUUUAAAACACACACGUGCACACACACAUCUUUUGCAGAAACACUAUAUGAGGUUCGAAUCCCUGAAUAUCAGUAAAAGGAACUGAGAAAUAUUUUGGUGCAAGAACAAUGAGGAAGUUGAUCCUGUAACAUGAAGGAAGUGUAACUGUUUCAUGUAGACUAAACAUUUAAAAAUGGGUUUCAUGUUUUUUAUACUGUUUUUAACUAAAGUUAUAAAAAUGUUUCCAACAAGUUAUCUCUCCUUAUGUUUUAAGAAUCCCAACUAUCUCAGUAAAUUGAAAUAAGGGUAUUAGCAGUUUUCUAAUUAGUAACACAAAUCUGUCUAAACAAGAGGACAUCCUAGUACACAAAAUAAUGUCACUGUUUCACACCGGUCUAGACCGAAAAAAAAAAAAAUUAAAAUGUUCAGAGUCAAAAGGGAACUUCUGAAGAUAAACUAAUUCCUCCCUAAAAAUUAAAGUAUGUUCAAAAUAGAAAAAACUAUUGUCAAAAUCAUUUCAUAGUUUAAUUGCAACACGUCACUAACAGAUGGUGAUUCUUCUCUUGGAAAGAUUCAAGUAAAAACUCUGAUACAAAAGCAAGGUAAAACGCACAGGGUUCCCUUAUGUAGAUGUACACAUGGCAUUGCAUAUAGAGAUUAAAUUAUUAUACUUGUCAUUAAGUUCUUUAUUAAUUUUUAAAUAAAAAAAUCAAAGAUGUUUUAUGUGGCUAUUAAACUUAUUUCAUGGCCUCAAAAAUUGGGGAACAUAAAAGUAAUCUAAGAAAAUAAUAAUAAAGGAAGAAUGUUUGGGCCGAUAGGCAUUUCAUCCGGUCUGCAGAAGACAAGAGCAUCGUAAGGCCUGGGCCUGACCCACCAGCCAGAGCUGGCCUGGCUUGGGGAGGGGAGGGACUGACGCUUACACACCUAUGCACCCUGGCAUGGAGUUUCACCACCGGAACACAUGAUGGCAUUUUAGGAUGCACACAGGCUCACAGCAGGAGGUGUAUGAGGUUUAAUUUUUAAAUAACCUCAGAAGAAAUAGCUAAAUACACUGAGUGUUGCCACAGUACACUGUGGCAUGUAAAUCUUGCCUCCAUGGCCCAGGGGAGGUAGCUUCUCUCUAGAUCUUCCAUGGAGCACAUCCCCAGCCUCAAGGGAUCAGCUGCCUCCUUCCUUUCUUCUUCCCCUUCCUAGUGGGAGACAGGCUGAGUGCCUACCUCUCCUGCUGACACUAGCCUAAUACUAACCCAUCUGCACAGGUGGGCUGGUGCUUGCCUCACCUGGACGGCCUAGGAGAGGAGAGGCCACAAUGCUUUUUCCCAGUAUCUGCAACCACGGAGUCCAUGUGCAAGGGAGAGGGCACUGUAGACCGACACUCAAGGCUCCUGCUACCAUCGCAUGUUCUUCAGGGAGAAGAAGGGGAUUCCUUUUCUGACACAUGCAGAAAGGGAAGGAAGGCCCAAUGCACAGCCCAGAGCAGAGAGAGGGAGGGUUCUGUCUCAUUCUAUAAUCAUUUCUGAGCCAACUAUUGGUGCUGCCUCAAAGGUCCUGUUCUGCAGACACCCCGAUACAAUGAAGGGUGCCCACCAGUCACUCUACAAAUGUGCAACUCACUUCCAAGAAGCAGAAGUCCUGUAGUCCUGCAUCUGCUCCUUCAAUCUCCGACCCUCCAGCAGAAGAUAAAUGGGGAGGGGCUCAAAGUACGGGAAAACCUUGCUACCUUGGAAACAACUUAGGCAGUUGGCAGCGUUUCCCAUGUACCCUGAGAGGCAGUUAGUUAUCUACAGCCACAGAGAUGUGAGAUGUGGCUGGACUAUUGGGUGUAAAUGGUGUCAUAGUCAUGGCCCAGCCUCAGGCAGACCAACUCCAACCUAUAAACAGUCACAAGGAGGAUGGCCUGCAACACUGUUUUCCCUGGAGACCACAUGGGCAUAUCAGAACCAAGAUACACAACUCUUAAUUAAAACUGUGAAGACAGACCAUCAAAUAAUGGCCUUUCCUAGAAGACAGCAAGAAAAGGAAACAAGAAAGAAAGAGGCAUGAACUUUUCUAUGUCAUGAUGUUAGUAACAACAUGGCCUGUUUAGAAAACCUGUCACUGGUGGACCCAUUCCUUAGCAUUUUUAUCAGCAAGUGAAAGUUGAUUUAAUUAUGAAUCAGGGGAGUUUUGCUGGAGCAGUGUCACCUAAAGAUCAGAGCAGCUGCUUCCCACACCAGCACGUCUUCUUUGAUCUAUACAAACUCUACCACUAGCAUAUUUGCAUGCACUGCAUGUGCAGCCACUUCAUUUACAGAAAGUAAACAACUCUGUGGUACAAAGAUCAGAAAGAACAUCCAUUUCAUGAACUGGCAUAAAGUCAUCAUGCUACAGUGGAUCCUAUACAUUUUGGUCAAUGACAAGGUCAUUUUAAGUUGCGCAAAAAUGAACUUAAGGCAGUCUGGUUUUGCAAAUACCUUUGCUGUUUGGUAUGAAUAUGUAAGGACUGCAGAGCAUAUUUUGCCCGUUCAAUAAUGUGGUUUUUACUUCUUCUGCAGUAAACCCAUAGCUAGUAACCAACCUUGAAAAAAUACCAGGGUCACAGGAAUAUCAAAAGAAACCUAAAAUUGCUGUAGUUGCCCCAAAGAAAAAUGAACUUAUAAAACCAUUGGUGCACACACACACGUUAGGAUGAUUUUCUGAAAGCAGGUAGGUUUAUUAGCAAACAGUACAAUUAUAGACAUUUUUUAUGAUGACUAUAUACAAAAGCCAGACACUGUCCAUUUGAAACACAACAUUUUUUUGCAAAUGAUUUUAAAAUCAUUUUUAAAACACAUUCAUACUUAAACUCUGUUACAAUGAACAUCUCAAAAUGAAUGCUCAUGCAUGGGGAUAUAAUAUCUUUGUGAAAAUAUUUGGUUAUGAGUCUUGGGGAAAAGGCACUAUUCACUGGGAAACCAAUUCUAUUAUACCAUUUUCCAAAUGAAGGAGCAUGUCAGGCCCUUAGCAAUCACCCAGGCUCAGAGAAAGCACUGGGUUUUUCACCAACAGCAAAUUCCCCACCAAAGAUGCUGUUGUCACAAUGAAACACACCCUCCACCAUCCCAUCAAUGUCCCCCUGAGACAGUGUUUAGAGUGGAAACAAAAUAACUUCCAUCACUUGUGUCUAGGGAGUCAGGAUGCUCCAGUGGUCACAAGAGUUAAGUAGAGAAUCCAGGCAAAAUCUUCCCCUUCCCUAACCCCACUUCUGUCAAUGUUCAAAGGGAAUUUUUCCUUAAAAGAAGCCCACAUUUUCAUUUUCGUGAAUUAGUAAUUUCCAAUCCCCUCGUGUGUAUCCAGGCCACAGAAAAAUCUUUAGAAGUCCUUCUCACUCGAUUACAUUUUUAAAGGACCCAUUAACAGAAUGUAAAUCUGAUCAUUUGAAAGAAGCAACAGCAGCGUGUAUCACAGGAGACGGAAAUGUUACUCAUUUCACCAGCUCUCAUCUCAGCCUGGAGUGCUUCUUACUCUAGGAAAAACACACACCCAAUGGCUGGCCAGCCCACCUACACACAACACAACAGCACCUAUCCCAGCCGUGGUCACCUGCUCAGACCCGUGUGUGAUGAGGAAAAAUGCUGCAUAAUGCUGAGGGCUUAGAAAGCUUCUCAAAAAGGAAGGCUAAAAUAAAUCCUGAAGUCUGACUUAAUAUGAACAUAAGUAUUUCACUCCAUGUUUCUACAGCAUGAGACUACAUCACAGUAAAGAUAAAAUUACCUUUUUGUUCUGUGGCAAGGUUAUUGCAACGCCUCUGUCUCUGGGCAUGUGCUAGGUAUUCACAUGGUCUACAAUUCUGCAACUGCGGAAUGAGUUGUUUUGGUUUUUUCUUAAGGAUGUAAUACUUAGGAUCAUAGCACAUGAUUAUCCUAGGCACGAGAUGCAUUCCAAUCACCCAUUUCAAAUAUAAUCAACUAAAGCAAACAAUAUACAACUGACUGCAAAGUCGAGUUUUUGUAAAAUCCCACAGACAGAGAUAAAAGAAAAGCCUUAUAUUGCAUAUCCCAAUUUAUCUAAUUAAGUGUGAAGUUCCCCAGUUUUCUAUUCCUUACAUAAAUAGGGGGAAGCUGUCAGGGCAUAAUCACAUUCCCAAUUAAUACCUUAUUCCGAUGGAAAGAGGCCACAUUUCUAGCACUGUUGUUGACAACAUCAUGGAAUAAAUCAUUAAGUAAAGUAUAUCAAUUUCAGAGUUCUUUUUAAUCACUUUAAUUUUUAAAAACUCAUUUUCAGUGAUUACUUAGAAUUUUUAAGCUGAUUCACAGUUAUAUAAUUUCCACUAUAUUUAUGCAAAAAUGAGUAACAUAUAAAGGCUGAAAUCUCUAAGAUAUAAUGGAAUGGUACAGCCUACCCAAAACAGACCUAUGAACUAUUUGCUGCUCUUUUUCCACUCUAGAAGGUCCACUGAUUAAGGUUUUUGUCCACCUUGUCAGGGAUACUUGUUGCCUUGAUCUUCCUCUAAUCUAAAUUCACAGAGCAACAACAAUGACUUUAAAAAGUUAAUGCAUAAAUCUACAUUUGAUGCAAAUUGGAAGAGCAAGGGCAGGCAUCCUAAACAGGGUAGCAUUUCACUCACACUGCUCUGUUGACUCCAGAAAGGGGGCUCGUGGCUAGUUGGGGAUUACAAGGUCCCACUAAACAACUCGAAUUUUCAGUGGCGAACACCCUUCUUGAAAACAUCUUGAUGUUGUCAUCACUCAUUAAAUGAUUAUAGCUUAUUCAGAAUUUUUUUGAGAGUCCUUCCAAGACAGCUGCAUUUUAUAAAAGAAAUUCCAAGGAUUUUUUUUACUUCUUUACAGAUCUUAGAGAUGGUGGGAUUGGGAGGAGUCUGUUUAAGACCUCUCUCCUCUUCCCACUUUGAGGCUUCUGUUCGGGAAGGUCAGGGCUGUGGAGGAUGGUUCUGGAGGUGGACAGUUUGUUCUACCUGUUCCGUUCCCGGACAGUGCUUAGACCCCUAUGCCAAAUGCUUGAUAUCAAUGUGGCUCCGCAUAAGACCAAGCAUGGGUCCUCGCUGUCCCACCCCCUUCUUAAAACAUGCAAGGCUUCUUCCUGAGGAACUCCCCAGGGUUCCUUAGAACACAGGGGUUCUUCCAAGCUGGAGUAUCCCCAGCCCUUCAGGAAAUGGGCAACUAGCUUGUGGUCUGGCCCUUCCAGCAAGGAGAUCCUAGAGUUGCACCAUGGAUACGACAUGAUAGAAAAUAGAAAGGUGCUUAUUUCCCUGAACAGCUGUCUCCCUAAGCAGGACAGGGAUCUAGGAGCAGCUCAGUCCUUUCGAUGACUUCUGAAGUGGACCACGGCCAUCAGCAUCGUGUGCCUGUGUCUUAUAGAAGGGACUGACAGCAUACAUGGGAACCAAAUCCAGGCUCGAAACAAGUGCUGCCAUGCUAGCUGUGGGAUCUUGAACUGUUUCUUAUCUGUCUGCAGGGCACUGUGAGAAUUAAAUGAGAAUCUUCCUGUUCAUUAUAUAGUGCCUAGCAUGUAAAUGCAUGCUCAAUGAAGAGGUGCCAUUAUUACUACCACACUUAUGAUUAUGCCUGAGAUAAGAGAAAUUUCUCAAAGACAUCCUGGACCACAUGGUCUGAGAGGAGAUAUCAUUCCCUGCAGGGUCUGUUCUACCCUUUGAUGACGCUGCGAACACAUCUUAUAAUCUCUCCACAUUCCCAGCUUCCCAUCCAAACUUUAUGAGCUUUCUUUGUGCCCUCUUCCCUCCAGUUUAACUGUUGGCCAGUGGGCUACAAGUCAAGUGAACACACACCUAGCAUAAAGACCCUAAAUAAGGCUGGGCCUGGUGGCUCACGUCUGUAAUCCCAGCACUUAGGGAGGCUGAGGCGAGUGGAUCACUUGAGGCCAGGAGUUCAAGACCAGCCUUGCCAACAUGGUGAAACCCCGUCUCUACUAAAAAAUACAAAAAUUAUCUUAAGUGUGGUGACAUGCACCUGUAAACCCAGCUUCUUGGGAGUCUGAGGCACAAGAAUCACUUGAACCCAGGAGACAGAGGUUGCAGUGAGUCAAGACUGCACCACUGCACUCCAGCCUGGGUGACAGAGCAAGACUCUAUCUCAGGGGAAAAAAAAAAAAAAAGAAGACCCUAACUCGAGGCAGGAUUGUGCCCCAGCUAGAGACAGGACCACACCCCCUAACCAGAGACUGGACUGUGCCCCCCUGACCAGAGACAGGACCUCCUAAUCGGAGAGAGAGGACCAAGACCCACUAACCAGAGACAGGACCAUGUUUCCCUAAGCACAGGCAGAACCAUGCUCCCCUAAACAGAGACAAAAUAGUCUCAUGAGACCACCUGCCUCCACUUCUACCCUCUCCCUCAUUGCCACCAUCCCUGCAUGCCAUCAUGUCAUCCCCAGCCUAAGUCCACCUACCCCAAGAGGGUCUUGGCAGAACCACACUUGGUUCAAGUUCAAGCCACAUACUGUUUGCUCUACAUAAGGCCCUUUCCAG